AUGCCUCAUCCCGUUACGCCGCCGUCGCAGGACCCGACGAUGGUAUCCAGCGACGCCCCGCCCCCGCCAUCUCAAGAAACCAUCAACGACCUCCUCAACACAAUCUUCACUGCAAAGACCUCAUCCGCUUCGAUCGAUGCCUGCUACGGCCUUUGCGAGAUCAUUCUCACUUCGGUCGGUGUCAUCGGCUUGAACAACUACGGUGUUGUCGCCGAGAUCAAGAAGGCCGCUGCUGAUAAGAAGUCUGGUCUCCGUCGCGAGUCCAGCCAGAACCUACUCGGUGCUGUCUUUGAGCGCUUCCUCCCCCGCCAGCCUGCCAGCGAGGUUGUCCUCCUUCUCCGGGAUGGUGGUCUUAUCAGCUGUGCUCUCGACGCACUCUCCGAUAAGGGCGCUGUCGUUCGCGAUGCUGCCCAGUAUGGUCUCGACGCCGUCUUUGGCGCUCUUAGCCCCGAGGCCCUUGUUGCUGGCCUUCUUCCUGCUCUCAACGAGUACCUCGGCAAAAAGACCGGAAAGUGGCAGGGAACCGUUGGCGCCUAUAAGCUGAUGCAGAGAAUGGCUGAUAAGGCCCAGGUCUCUCUCGGAGGCACAAAGGAGGAGGCUAUUGAGAAGGAUCUUCUCCGCGAGGCCAUGGGUGCCAGACUCGCUGGCCUUAUCCCCAUUGUUGAGGGCGGCAUGCACGACUUGAAGUCUGAAGUCGAGAAGCAGGCUGUUCUGACUAUGAACUCUCUCACUACUCUUCUCUCCAACGACGAUGUCGCUCCCCGCAUUCCCCUUCUCGUCGAUACCAUGCAGCACCCUUCAUCCCAAACUCUCCAGAAGGCUAUCCACGCCCUGUCACAAACUACCUUUGUCGCCAUUGUCACCUCGCCUGUCCUGGCGCUCCUGACUCCUUUCCUAGAGCGGUCUCUUAACAGCCCCACCACUGCCCAGGAAGUUCUCCGACAGACUGUUGUCAUUGUCGAAAACUUGACCAAGCUGGUCCACGACCCCAUCGAGGCCCGAACUUUCUUGCCCAAGUUGAUUCCCGGUGUCAAGAGUGUUUGCGACCGAGCCUCCCUCCCCGAGGUUCGUGAGAUCGCCGAGCGCGCCCUUGCUACCAUGGAGAAGGCCAUGGGCGACGAUAAGGAUGUCGUCGCUCGUACUUCUGGAGAAGAUGUCGCCAAGGUCCUUGACGAGCAGAUCAAGGCCAACGGUGGCCUUGCUGGACAGGCGGAUCUUUACAAGCUGGCCCGUCCCUACAUUUCUGACAUGGUCGCUAUCGAUAUCAACUUCCGUUUCGUCAACCGUAUCUCUGGCCGAAUUGCCCCUUACCUCAAGGGUAUGACCAAGGAUGCUGAGGAUUCUCAAAAGAUCGCCGAUGCUGUUCAGAAGCACUACGUCGAUGAGGACGAGCGCAAGUACGGUGUCCCUGAGAAAGAGGAUGAUGGCGAGGUUGAGAUUGUCAACGCUGACUUCUCCCUCGCUUACGGUGGUAUGCUUCUGUUGUCGCACACCAACCUGCGACUCCUCAAGGGUCACCGUUAUGGUCUCUGUGGCCGAAACGGUGCUGGAAAGUCCACCCUCAUGCGAAGCAUUGCUAACGGCAAGCUCGAGGGUUUCCCUCCUCAGGAUGUUCUCCGCACAUGCUACGUUGAGCACAACCAGGGUGAGGAUGCUGAUAUCAGCAUUCUUGAAUUCGUUGCAAAAGACCCCGAGAUCGCUACUCAGGGUCUUGAGCGUAUCUCUGAGGUUCUGGCUGAGUUCGGCUUUACUGCUGGACCUGAGGGCCGACAGUCCGAGAGAGUUGGAUCUCUUUCUGGUGGUUGGAAGAUGAAGCUGGCUCUAGCCCGAGCUAUGUUGCAGCGUGCCGAUGUUCUCCUCCUGGACGAACCUACUAACCAUCUUGAUGUUGCCAACAUCGCAUGGCUCGAGACCUAUCUCAAGUCUCACACCGAUAUCACCAGUCUUAUUGUUUCUCACGACUCCGGAUUCUUGGACAACGUUACCACUGAUAUCUACCACUACGAGCCCAACAAGAAGCUGGCUUGUUACAAGGGCAACCUGAACGCUUUCGUUCAGAUCCGCCCUGAGGCCAAGAGUUACUACACCCUGUCCGCCUCCACUGUUCAGUUCAAGUUCCCUCCUCCUGGUAUCUUGACCGGUGUCAAGUCUCAAACUCGUGCUAUUAUCCGCAUGUCCAACGUCUCAUACGCCUACCCUAAUGCACCAAAGCCUUCUCUCGAGGAGGUCUCCUGUCAGCUGACCCUCUCUUCUCGUGUUGCCAUCAUUGGCCCCAACGGUGCUGGCAAGUCGACACUUAUCAAGCUGCUUACUGGCGAGACCAUUCCCUCUACCGGAAAGGUUGAGAAGCACCCUAACCUCCGUAUCGGUUACAUUAAGCAGCAUGCCCUGGAGCACGUUGAGAUGCACUUGGAGAAAACCCCUAACCAGUACCUUCAGUGGCGUUACCAGCACGGUGAUGACCGAGAGGUUCACAUGAAGCAGACUCGUGUCCUCUCCGACGCCGACAAGGAGCAGAUGGACAAGUGGAUUGACCUGAAGGACGGAAAGUCUUCUCGCCAGAUCGAGUCUCUCGUUGGUCGUCAGAAGUACAAGAAGACCUUCCAAUAUGAAGUUAAGUGGCGUGGUCUCCUUCCCAAGAACAACACCAUGAUCUCUCGUGAGACUCUUACAUCGCUUGGAUUUGACAAGCUUGUCCAAGAGUUCGAUGAUCACGAGGCUUCGCGAGAGGGUCUCGGUUACCGUGAGCUUCAGCCUAAGGUCAUUUCCAAGCAUUUUGAGGAUCUCGGACUCGACCCUGAGAUUGCAAACCACAACGAGAUCGGCUCUCUUUCUGGUGGUCAGAAGGUCAAGGUCGUUAUUGCCGGAGCCAUGUGGAACAAUCCCCAUCUUCUGGUUCUUGACGAGCCUACUAACUUCUUGGACCGAGACUCUCUCGGUGGUCUUGCCGUCGCUAUUCGCGAAUUCAAGGGUGGUGUUAUCCUGAUUUCCCAUAACGAAGAGUUCGUCGGCGCUCUCUGCUCUGAGCAGUGGCACGUCCGCGACGGCCGUGUUGCCCUUCGCGGUAACGCCGCUAUCAGCCUCGACCGCUUCGAGGACAGCCGUCCUAGCAGUGGCGUCAACAGCACCGCCGCCAGCUCUGCUGUGAGCAGCGCUUACAACAGCGCUUACAACAGCGCUUACAACAGUGGCAUGGAGGACAAUCAAGAUAUGAAGUUCAAGGCCAAGAAGAAGAAGAAGAUGACCAAGAAGGAGGUUAAGGAGCGUGAGGUCCGUCGCAGACUCCGUCACAUCGAGUGGCUCAACAGUCCCAAGGGUACCCCUCACCCUCCCGACACUGAUGAUGAGGACGCCUAA